UUGUGUCUGGCAGCGAUGGCAUCUCAAGGCAUCCAGAUCCUGGGCAUCAUGCUCUCCAUUAUAGGCUGGUUGGGCACCAUCAUCGCCUGUGGGAUGCCCAUGUGGAGAGUCACGGCCUUCGUUGGCGCCAACAUCGUCACGGCCCAGAUCAUCUGGGAGGGUUUGUGGAUGACCUGCGUGGUCCAGAGCACCGGACAGAUGCAGUGUAAGGUCUACGACUCCAUGCUGGCUCUAUCACAAGACAUGCAGGCCUCCAGAGCCAUGGUCAUCAUCUCCAUCAUGGUGGGCGUCUUUGGGUUCCUCAUGGCUGUGGUUGGUGGAAAGUGUACCAAUUGUUUGGAAGACGAAGCAGCCAAAGCAAAAGCGUGUAUCUUCUCUGGAGUGGUUUUAAUCAUUGCUGGUUUGCUCAUUUUGAUACCUAUUUGCUGGUCAGCGCACACUCUUAUCAGGGACUUUUACAACCCUUUGUUAACAGCAUCCCAGCGGCGGGAGCUGGGAGCCUGUCUUUAUAUAGGCUGGGGGUCUGGAGGCCUCUUGUUGUUGGGCGGUGGGCUACUUUGUUGGAACUGCCCGUCCAAUGAUAAUAAGCCCUACAUUGCAGCCAAGUACACCCAUGGUAGAUCUAUGACCCCAACAAUGAACUACGUGUGAGAAAACAAGCGUAAGCUGAAGAUAUUUGGCAAGUACUGUACAGAAUGACUCAAAGCGAAUGCUAAUGGAUUUACUGUAUGCCUGCAGCUGGCUAACAUGCAAAUUACUGCUGUCAUUGGUUAAACGCUUGAAAAUGACUGAAAGUGAAUUCACAAUUGUUUGUUUACAAUAAAAAUGCAAAAAAAAUCUAGUGUUUGAAUGAUUAUGAAUGUCUCAAAAUACAGAUGUCUUCACAUCCA